AUGGAUUUGCUACAGCUGCGAGCGGGAGGUAUUUGGGUCAAGACGGCGCCGAAAGGAACCUUUAAAGAGCUGAGGCGAGCAGCGACGACGAUUGCAAAGUCGAAGUGCACGGACGUACCUCUGAGGAUCCCUUAUGCGUUCCAGGAUGCCAUCGAAGCUCGAAAGGAGAUCACUACAUUCUACAAGCAGCAUACCAAGAUCGACAGGAUUGAUAACCAUGAUAGCAGCGUUUCUCAACUUCUCGCCCGCGACUCAGCUCAGAACGGUGUUCUUUCUUCGGGUCACGGACUGUUUGGUCCGGCCGAAGCAAUCAUCCGAGGGUCAAGCACGCAGUUCGAGGAUAGUACUCUAGAAGUAGCAGUCUUUGAGAACCCUGCAGACUGCGCGGACGACAGAAAACGUCAACACGGCGCUGAGAGUAUAUUGAAGGAUGAACUACACGAGAGCAUGAAGAAACAAACACCUUCGGCCCUUUGA